AUGCGGCUCGUGGGAACGCGAGCUCUGGGGGGGGGGGGGGGUGUCCUCCUCUAUUCACAGGUCGGUGUCAGCUCUCAUUAUCAUAAAACCCAGCCUGUGCUUCAAAUUAAGGCGGCGGGCUCCGGGCUCUGCGUCCCUCUUUCACGCCAGGCAGAGGAGGAAUUAACAGGUCUGCAGGAGCCCGCCGCGGCCCUGAGCCCGGCCGUAUUCCCUCCUCUUCCUCCGCCUCUUCAUCAUCACCAGCAGCCUCCGCAGCUCCCUUCCCUUCGCCUCCCUGCCUGUCUGCGGCUGCUCUCACACUCCUGUCUGAACCCCUUUCCGAGGGAGGAGGAGGUGGUGAUGAUGGAGGAGGAGGAGGAUGAGGAGGAUGGGGAGGAGGAUGAAGAGGAGGAGGAGGAGGCCCCAGGCAGCGCUGCAGUGCAGAGUUCAGCUGGGAGAUAUUGUUGUGAGCCUGGGAAAGUGUAG